AGUGUGCUGAUAUUGUGUUUUUAUUGUAAAAACGGUGUUAAAUGUAACGUUAGCUACACGGAUCAAGCGCUCCGGAGCACCGUCCAUGUUGGCCGGGCAGCCGACCGUUAGCCGGGCCUCUAGGACCCCGCAGACACCGAGCACACGGGGCGGAGGACCGGGCGGAGAAAGGUGAAGUUAACCUCAGAGGACUGAUCAGAGGUCAGUUUGGAAAAUUCCCCCAGCACAGGUGAAGGAUGUGGGAGCGGUUUGGGAAGCCGAUCCCCGGUCAGUUUAUCCCCAGAGCUACGCAUUUUGAUGCCGACGUUGAAAGGAUAAACAUAGACGGCUAGGUCUCAGCUAGCAUACAGAGAGUUGACCUGUGCACCUCAUUGUGAUGAUCCGCAAGUUUGAGACUGUAUUCAUCACCCACGUCAGUCCUCUUAGGUUGCCUACAUGGCAGUUUGUCUGGGGAUAGUGGCUCCCUGCUGGCUUUGAUGCAGCUGAACGCUAAAGAUCCGGAGCAGACGUCCGUCAUAAUCCGCAGCGUCAACAUCUCAGUCCCGCUGCUCGGGCUGGAGGUUACCGCUGCCGAACCGGCCUGAUCGGACCCGCUAUGCAAGCGAACACAACGCGGGGCUUCUUGUGGUCGGACGUGGAGACCAGGACCUUGCUGAACAUUUGGGGGGAGCAGGACAUCCAGACGGCGUUGGAUGGAAACUUCAGAAACAGCUUCGUGUACCGCGACGUUUCCCGGCGGCUGGGAGCGAUGGGCUUCGAGAGGACGCCGGAGCAGUGCAGGGUGCGGAUCAAGAGCCUCAAGAGACAGUACCUGCUCGCCAAGGAGGGCAAUCUGCGCAACAACGGCCAGUACCACAAGAUCUGUAAGUUUUAUGACACCAUGGAAAGGAUCUUGAGCAACCGGCCGGCUCUGGACCCGCAGGAGUUGAUAGACAGCGGGGCGGGAGGAGAGGAGGAGGCCGUGGAUGGCCUGGAGGAGGAUGGAGAAGAUGUCCAGGAUGGUUACUCUGAGAGCACAGGGGAGUGUCCUUACCCUGCUGAGACUGAAGUCAAGCUGGAAUACCCGACUGUCCCCAUCCCCAUUCCUGUUAAAGUGACAGUGGGCAAUAACAGCGCUUCAGUAAGAUCACAUAACACCAGCCAGUCAGCUGGUAACUUGUCAGCCAGGACACCCAAGAGGCCCAGGAAGCGGCGUGCCAACUUCCCCAUGGAGAAACUCAUGGAGCAGUUUCUGGAGCAGAGCGCCCAGGCUGAGGACAGCUUCUACCGGAUAGAGGAGCAGCGCUUGCAAGCAGAAGACCGUCGCCGGGAAGCUGAACACGCCAGAGAGCUGCACAUGCUGCAGAUGCUCGGCCAGAUGUUCUCCAGCAUCUCCUCUGCCAGGCCCAGCUCUGCAGCCGCCACCUCCAAGGCAGCCGCCCGGCCUCCUGUCAUCUCCAGUGCCUCCCCGUCCUGCACACGAGGCCCGUCCACUCACCUCAGGCGGCCUUCGCCCCAGACUGACUGUUUCACCCAACAGAGUCAACUGUUGAACACAGAUCCUCAGGCUUUAGUGUUUGAACGCUACUACAGUUCGGGUUCUACAUCACACAGAGGCAUGGACGAGGACAUCCUGUCACUAGUAAAGAGCACAGUUCCUCCACUGACAUCCAAAAAGCACAAGGGACAAGAUGGACGUAUUGGGAUCAUUGGAGGAUGCCAAGACUAUACUGGAGCUCCAUACUUUGCUGCCAUCUCCGCAUUGAAAGUGGGAGCUGACUUGUCUCACGUGUUCUGCACCAAAGACGCUGCGACUGUAAUCAAGUCAUACAGCCCUGAACUCAUAGUUCAUCCAGUUCUGGACAGCCCUAAUGCAGUGGAAGAAAUAGAAAAAUGGCUCCCAAGACUGCAUGGCCUUGUGGUGGGACCAGGUCUAGGGAGAGAAGAUUUGUUACUGAAAACAGCCAAGGAGGUGAUUGAGAAGUCCAAAGCAAGAGACAUCCCCAUCGUCAUUGAUGCAGAUGGAUUAUGGCUAGUUACACAGCAGCCAUCUGUUAUUCAAGGGUACCAGAAGGGUAUCCUUACACCCAACUUCAUGGAGUUCACCCGACUAUAUGAGGCACUGCACCAUGAGCCCAUGGACAGCAAUGAUUACCAACGCAGCGUCUUGCAGCUCAGCGUAGCGAUGGGCAACCUCACUCUGGUGCUAAAGGGAGAACAGGAUCUCAUUACAGACGGCAAUAAGGUGUACUCGUGCAAUUUGGAGGGCAGCGGGAGAAGAUGUGGUGGACAGGGGGAUCUUCUCUCUGGAUCUAUGGGAGUGCUGGCACACUGGGCCCAUGCUGCUUCUACAGCAGGAAUGAUCAGAAGUAUGAAUCCAUCGGUGGUCGCAGCGUUCGGGGCCUGUUCCCUCACCAGACAGUGCAACAGUCAGGCGUUCCAGAGGCAUGGCAGGUCCACCACCACCACAGACAUGAUCCAGGAGAUCGGCUCAGCCUUCAAAAGGCUAUUCGAAAGCUGAAAACAGUCAACAACCUGAAUUGUUGCAUAGAGCUGCAUAUGCCUAAAUUUGAAUUCUUAGCGUAGCCUUUUGGGUGGGCUUGAGGAACGUGGUCGCGUCAGUCUGAAUCUGAAUGAAGGCUUCGGCCUGGACUGUCCCUUCAAAAAAAAAAAAUUAAGAAAGCUGUAAAUGUGGCACAAAAAAUACACACAGACGUGCUGAUUGAUGUGUAUCAAAUGAAAAGCUUGGGAAAUAAUCAUUAGACCAGAGUAAGCACUGUUUUCUGCCUCUUCCUUUGCGGUUCUUGGUGGAUCUACACUACACUUUCUAUGUUAUAGCCAUCUUCAUUAACCAUCGAGAUCCCCGUCAUCUUGUCAUUUAUGGGAUUGUUGAGACAUAAAACAUUUUGGAUUAUCUGUUGACUUUACAUAUACAGUUUAUGCACAAAAUAAUGGUGACUCAGAAAAAAAGUUUUUGGUCAUCUAGUGUAAAUGUUGACAUUUCUACAGUUUCAAUACUUUAUAUUUUAAGACAUAAUUUAUUACAAGAUGCAAAACAUACUGCAGUUAUUUAACCACUGUCGUAAAAUUCCCCAACCUGUCAUGUGGGACUUUGUAAAAGCAGAUGGUCUGAUCAUUAUUUCCAAAGCUGUGUAAAGAAAAGCAACAAAGCAGCAUUACAGCUCAGUUAGUGCCAUGAGUCACCAAACAUGAGGUAGCCAGAGUGUUCACAGCCCACCAAAGAGAUGGAGAGAUACAUGGAGUCACAGUGAACCUGUCUGAAUUUUGAAAUAAAGAAUAAAUGAAA